GGAGGGCGGGAGGAGCCGCUCUCAGCCUCAGGCCACGGCCGUGGGAAGCGACAUUGGUCCCGUGUCCUCAGGAGGGCUGCUCGGUGGCGAGGACCAGCCCUGGCCCUCCCUGGGCCGCCUUCUCAUCUGUGCACUGGGCAGUGCCCAGGGGACAGCGGGGACCGGGAGGCAGCGGAGGUGGCUGGUGGCAGCAGCCCUUCUGCAUCCAAUGACCUGGACAAGCCAGCCCCCCCUGAGCCUGGGCUCCCCCUGCACCAGGGUCCUGCGGUCGCUGCCUCCCCCUUGGGCUCAGGCCCUGAGUGCCUGCCUCUGGGCCGCCUGUCCUGUCCUGAGGCCUCACUCAGGCCCCACCGGCCUCGCCUAUCCUCCCCGUGGAGGCCUGGGGGGUUGGGGGGUGGCAGGGCAGUGGACGAGCGCAGCCUUUGUCCCCAGACCAGCCUGCUGGCCAACUGCCAGGCGCCCCGCAGGCCCUGGCUGGCCUCCCACAUGCGCACCGUCUUCAUCUCGCUGCUCUGCUUCCCCUGCUUCCUGGGCGCAGCCAUCUUCCUCUGCUACGCCAUCUGGCAGGUGAAGCCCUCAAGCCUCUGCGGGCCCUUCCGGGGCCUUGACAGCAUGUACGAGGCGGGCAAGGUGUGGGUGCGCCGCCUGGAGAGGGCUGGCCCCCAGGUCUCCUGGCUGCCCUGGGUGCACCGCUACCUGGUGGAGAACACCUUCCCCGUCUACCUGCUGUCGGCCCUGCUGCUGUGAG